AUGGAUGCCGCCGGAGAGGAUCCCUCGGGGGAUGGAGCUCGCUGGACGGUACUGGUAGCACUGUACGCUGUCUGGUUCGCGCUGGUCGGCUGCGUCAUGCUCGUCCGCACGGCCGGGCUCGUGGGGCACAGCUCGCCACUGCGCCCCCUUGCCUCGCACGUGGGCCGUCUGCUCGGGUUGUGCAGAGACUCCGUCCUGCUCAUCACUGACGCACCCAGCGACUUUGCCGUGAAGCAGGUCGCCGCGGAGCUACAAAAGAGGGCGCUGGCUCGAGCAGAGGCUGCGAUUCCAUACAGCACUGCUGCCGCUGCAGUUGUUCUUGGGAUGACAUUACCUAGGGCCACGUUGUCAGAACCACGCAGGAAUUCCCCCCUCCAGGACGUCUGCAUGAUGGCGGGUUGUUUCACAACGCUCUUUCUUUGGGCGUUUCCUAGAAGUCUGACGUUGAACACCCUGGACGCAUCGUCCUCAUUUGUGAUCGUAUCUGUAGCUCUGUUUGUUUCUCCUGUCGCAGUUGGGUCAUGUCGUAACUGUCAUUUUAUUUUGCCUCUUUGUUGUGUGAUUGUGGUGAGCUGGUUCAAUACGAACAUCCGGCUGAAUCUCGCAUGGCUAUGUACUGUUUCCAUGUCGGCGUGUAGCACGGUGUUCGUUUCCGAGGACCCCCUGUGCACGGACAAGGCUCCUGAUGUCAUCGGAGCUUCGAUCGUUUUUGCCAUCUUUCUAGUUUUAUACCACCAGUCUGUUUUCCUUGCCGUGGGGUACGAAAUGGAAUGUCACAGUCCCAGAAACGAGCUCAAGGCUGCGCGCUCGGUGCUACGCGGCAUCUGCGACGCCGUGGUGGAGCUCGACAGCGACUUUCGCCUGCAGGACGGAUCUCCCCAGCUCGUGGACAUGCUCCUGCUGAACCCGCAACGCCCCCUCCUAGGUGAGGAUAUCCGGUCGUUCCUGGUGUCCGACCAGGAUCGCCAGAAGUUCACCGAGCAGAUGUGCCAUGCUCGGCUGCUGAGUGAGGAUGGGCUGGCGUCUGAGCUCAGUGCAGCGUUCCACGUUUCCAUGAAAGACAGCUCCAGUAUAACCCUCAACGUCGAGGUUUUCUGCGUCCGUUCAGUGCACUGGGAGGGGGGGGCGGUGUACUUGGUCGGCAUCCGCGAGUUUACUGACACGAGUCCGAUUCUGAGAGACAGCGUGCCAGGGACAUCGCUCGGUAGCAGCUUUCUCAGCUUGCAGGGCGUUUCAAAAGAAGAUUCUGGAUUCGCGGGCAUCUCCACGGACGACUCCAACCAGUCCAGCCCAGUAUCAUCGAGUGUGAUCUCAGGGGCUCUCUCGUGUGGUGGGGAGACUCUACUCGAGGGGGAACCCGCAGCGUGCAUUGACGUCCUGAGCCCGAGCUACUCCGUGUUGCACUGCACCCCCGCGUUCGCGCAGCACGUGGACACAAGCGGCGGACUCCUCCGCGCCAUGCGGCGCUCCCAGCUGGACGAGUUCAUAACCUGGGUGCAGCACGCCGUCUUCUGGCUGCCGCAGGAGGACUCCACCUCCGCCUCCCUCCAGUACCCCAAGCGGCUGCACUUCAAGGCGCCCGCGCGGGCGAGGGGUGCCGCCGCACCGGCGCGCCCGGAGCCGAGGAGGCGCGUGACCUCGGCCCUCCUGAGCCUCGACCUGACGCAGCCGCCCGACCGGCACGACCACGACCUCGCCUGCCGACGGCACGGCCACGGCACGGCCAGCCGCCCGGUGCGGGUCGUCCUCCUGGAGCGCCUGCCGGGCGGAGGUGCGCAGAGCCGGCCGCGCUGCGGGACGCCGCUGGCCACCGCCGAGGCCGCGACCGGGCAGCUGCGGGGGCGUGCGGCGCCCACGCGCGGCGGGAUCGGUCAGAGGCGAGCCUGA